AUGAAACUUAAGCAGGAAAGUAGUGGUAUUCCUAAAAAUUGUUUAAACAAAGAUGGAACAGUAAUAAAAACAAAAUUGCAAGAGUAUAUUGACGACUAUAUGAAACACAAAGGUGUGCUUUUGGAGGGUGUAAAAACUUGUUAUAAUCCCGGGCAAAGGACAGUAAUGAAGGCACUUCUAAACUCGCUAUGGGGUAAAUUAGCUCAAAAUGAGGACACCACCGUUGUUUCGUUUCUCGACACCAUGGACAAGCUGUUAGAUCUGGUGAAUGAUCGUACCGUGGAAGUAACAUCGUUAGAUUUUAUUAGUGAUAAUAUUGCUCGAACCACCCAUAGAAAGGGAAGUAGUCUAACACCUUUACCCAACCGUAAUGUAAUUAUCGCGUCUUUUGUAACAGCAUACUCGCGUUUAGAGUUAUUUAAAUAUUUGCAUAAAUUAGGCGAAAAUGUUUUAUAUUACGAUACUGAUUCUGUGAUUUUUAUCGAAGAUCGUUCAAACGGUAAAUGUCUUGAAAUUGGCGGUUAUUUGGGGGAAAUGACGGAUGAAUUAAUUGAAAAGAAUACUAGUAAAAAAUGGAUAGAACAGUUUUGUUCAGCAGGUCCAAAAUCGUAUUCUUAUCGCACUAAUGAAUAUAUGUGUUAUUUAGAAGACGGUACUGAAAAAAAGCAAACGGAUGAGAUAGUGCAUGUGAAGGGUUUUACGUUAAAAGGGGAUGCGAAAGAAUUGCUAACAUUUGAUAGCAUUAAUGAAUGUAUAAAAGAUAAAAAAAAGGAAAUUGAGAUAACAUAUCGUGAAUUUGUCGUGUGA